UUUUAAAUAACUUAGAUGCCAGUUAAACAAGUUUCAAACAAUUACAAAGCAGCCUGUCCGCAAAGGAGGGGGUAGUGGCACUGAAUGGGUUACAUUUCGACUUGUCUGCACAGAGCAAAGGAGGGCGCUGUGUAACACCGCUCAGCGGGCGCUGUGUUGGGCGGGAUAGCGUCAGUCAGUCAGAGAUCUAACAACCUCGGUCCGCAGUCAGCCUAUCAGAGCCCGGCGCACGUGACGAGCGUUCUUUGCGAUGACCUCAUCCCUGAUGUGGGAUGACGUCAAAUUCAAAAUGGAUGGAAUCACGACAGUCACACGCUCUACGGAAUUCUGCAAGAAAGUCUAGCUGGUGGGGCUCGCGGGGAACGCAGACACGGCGAAAGGGGUGAACACCAUGGAGGGGCUGACUCAUUACAUUAACCCAGCACAUGCCGUGUCCUUGCUCAGCUCUCUAAAUGAACAGCGUUUGAAAGGGAAACUCUGUGAUGUUCUUCUGAUCGUGGGGGAUCACAAAUUCCGAGCUCACAAGAGCGUCCUGGCAGGGAGCAGCGAGUAUUUCCACUCACUGUUCGCCAGGGGAGACGGUGAAGCCCGGUCCGUAGUCCAGCUCGAUUUCUGUGAACCAGAUGCCUUUGAGGAUGUGUUGAAUUACAUCUACUCCUCUUCCAUCGUUGUUGAAAAGGACUGCCUAGCAGCGGUCCAGGAACUUGGAUACAGCCUUGGGAUCUCCUUUCUCACCAACAUCCUGUCCAAGAAGCCACAAGCCUUGUACGCUGGCUCCAGGAGGAAGGCACCCUUCUCUGAGGAGGACAAGAGUGGUUUGCAAAAACAGAGUGUCAUUGUGUGCCAGGGUCGGAGUGAUAAACCACGUCCGAGUUCAGCACAAGGGAAACGGCCAAGCCCAACGCCACUGUCUGAUUUAAAACAGUUUUCCACCAUAAAGUGCAACAAGACAUCUACUAGUCAAAACAUAAGUGAAUCUGGUCAAGCUUGGGCAAAAGACAGCAGUGCUUCUUCGGGUAAUAACAAAGAACAUGGAACUCCAGCGAGCGUCUCACCUGUCAGGAAGCCCUCCGGUGUCAUUGAGGGUCUUGUCAGAAUGACCAGCCCAGCCACUGUUUUGCAGAUGGGGAAGCCCAUCCAGACGUCGCCUAUGAGGCCGCAGUUGGCCACUUCUUUCUCCUUUAACGAUUCGAGAACAUUGCAGGAGAGAGUGCAGCCGAACAGCACUGGCCAUAGAGACCACAGAACCCUGGCGCAUCAUUCCAGUGUAGGACCCCAUGCUUCUCCAGGAAGGCCAGGACCGGACAGACAGAGAAUCGACAGGAGCGGCCCACUUGUGAAGAGUCUCUUGCGCAGGUCAUUGUCUAUGGAUAGCCCGGUUCCUUUCCAUUCCCCAGCUUUCGAAUUGAAAUCUAUGCAAGCCCCAGAAGAAACCGUGCUUCAACCAGGGCCUGAAAAGUCUGCUGAGCACAAACACGUCAAGGAGAAGCCAAAGGUUAUUCAGCCACCACACCGUAGACCUGGUGUUUUCAGCAAGCCGUCUGAAACAGAGGUCCACGUGAAAACAGAACCAAGCAGCCCACUCGCGGAUCCUUCUGAGAUAAUAAGAGUGACCGUCGGGGAUAGUUUGCUGGUAAACACGAGAGACCUGCAGAUGAACACUGAGCACCUUAGAAAUGUAACCAAGCACUCUUUUAAAAGGAAGUCCCGGCCAGACGGCAAGAGAAUCCAGUCUAAGAAAUCCAAGUACAUUAUCGACGAUGGCGAUUUCGGAAUGGAACACACCAGACGUGCCACAGCUCCCCGCCAUUCCGAUACGGAAGGAGGUCCCGAAUUAAACGAAACGAGGCAGAGCAGGAUAUUUAAAUGCUGGAGCUGUCUGAAGAUAUUCAGAUCCAACACUGGACUCUAUCGGCACGUGAACAUGUAUCACAAUCCCGAGAAGCCGUAUUCCUGCGACAUCUGCCACAAGCGUUUCCAUACAAACUUUAAAGUGUGGACACACUGCCAGACUCAGCACGGCGUGGUGAAGAACCCGGCCCCUGCUUCCAGCUCUUACUCCGUCUUGGAUGAAAAGUUUCAGAGGAAGCUCAUAGACAUCGUAAGAGAAAGGGAAAUAAAGAAAGCCUUGAUGGCCAAGUUGAGACGGAACAAGCAAGGACUAGGUGGCUCCCAAGCUCAGCAUUUUCCCAAAAGGGGCCUGAGGCCAAAACCUAAGAACUACUUCUGUGUCUACUGUGGAAAGGUGUUCCGUUUCCACUCACAGUUCAAGCAGCACAUAAAGAUGCACCCUGGGGAAAAACCUGCAACAGAAGUCGAUGAAGAAAGGGAAGAAGGUGGCGGUGGUGGUGGUGAUCAUCUGACCAUAGAGCAGGAGCCGCCCAGCAGCCCCAGUCCAGGGAAAACACAAGAAAUGUACCCUUGCAAACUUUGCAAUGCGAAACUGCCCUCGCCAGUGGAACAGGGAGACCACGAGAGACUCUGCAGGCAUGCCACCGUGUGCCCGUACUGCAAUCUGAGGUUCACCACCCCAGAGUUAAAGAGAGAACACGAGGGCCAGUGUGAAUACAAAAAGCUCACCUGUCUUGAAUGCAUGCGCACCUUUAAGUCCUCCUUCAGCAUCUGGCGUCACCAGGUCGAGGUUCACAAUCAAAACACGAUGACCCCGAAAGAGCGCCUGUCCCUCAGUCCCGCCGAUCUCAACGGGGAAACGCCCGAGGAAGCUGCGAGACUGGAACCCGAGUCUGCAGAAGCGAGGGGUGCACGCGACUCCUCGACAGUUUCCAAAGAUGACCCGGUCCUCAGCGAUUCUUCGGAACAGAUGCAUUUUGAGGACUCUGACGAUUCCCUGAACGCUCCAGAGGAUCUGAGCCUCUCCCGGAAGUUGGAUUUGAAAAUCAAAGAGGAGCCAGCGGAGGAAGCUGUGGAGGUCGUGGAGGACGACGAGGUCUCCGAGCCUGGGGUGGAACCGAAGGACGAUGCCGCUGGCAUGGAAGUAAACAUCUGGACAUGUGAGAAGUGCGGCAAGAUCUUCGCUGUGCGCAACCAGCUCGAGCGUCACCAGGAGCUGCUGUGUCACAUCAAGCCCUUCGUGUGUCACAUCUGCAACAAGGCCUUCAGAACCAACUUCCGUCUCUGGAGCCACUUCCAAUCCCACAUGGCCUCCUCGGAAGAGCUGUCGUCAAAGGAAGCCGAUCCACCACACCCCUCCUCUGCCUCCCCAUCACCUCCCCCACCUACACCCGCACCCCCACAGCCAGUAUCGCCCCCUUCCAGGGUAAAGAAACCCGAGGCGGAGAGAGCUAGGAGGGCCUCCUUCUCCUCUUUCUCCACCCCGAAGCCAAGCGAUGCUGAGAAAUCCGUCACCCCGCAGGAGUCGGACACUCUCUUCUACCACGCCCCUCCACUUUCGGCAAUUACCUUCAAAAGACAGUUCAUGUGCAAACUCUGCCACCGGACCUUCAAGACAGCCUUCAGUUUGUGGAGCCAUGAACAGAGCCACACUAAUGUAUAACCAGGAACGAUUCGGUGCAGGAAUGAAAGUACUGCUCUUGCUGUGCUGAAGUCUUGCACUUGCCCAUUACGACAGCACUUAGGAUGAGGUGGAGCGUCACGUGGCGCAGCUAGUCAUCGCAAUGCUAAGGGUUAAGGGAUCCCAGAGGUGUCUAUAACAAUGUCUCUUAAUAAUGCCUUGUGUGACGUUGUCUCAUUGAAGGAUUUGGGGAUUUAUAAUACGUCUCUCAACAUCUCUGAAUAUCUCAGUUGUUUCUGAGCAGUGCAGAAUGGUUUUAUUCAGAAUAUGCAGGAGUAGAUAUUGGAUCUUAAAAUAACUGGGGUUUGGUUUACAGUUGGUCAUUCAAACAAAAGAAAAGUGACACGUGCAAAACCGAUAAUGAAUCUGAAUUUAUUCUGCUAAGUAACAUCGUAGAAGUAAUUAUGGCAGUAGAGCAAUAUCACAAGUAUUGCAGCCGUGUUUGGAAAGUAGUCCUUGUCACUAUCUAGAGUUGAAUCACUUCUAGCAAUAAGAGAACCAUUCUGAAACCUCAUUUUUAUACCUUGUAUACACAUGUAGAAAAACCCCUCAAUACUUUGCAGUCACAGCGGGAGAAGCUGUCACCCACAAUGCUGUUGUUUUGUAUUCGAUGCCCAGCUCUGUGGGAGGGAUGUUGGAUUUGAUUUGGGAUUUGAAAUAGGAACUUCCUGUUUGCAUGCUGAGGUUGCCUGCCUCUUUCUGGUUUUCUGAUGUUUGCAAUCAUUCUUCGUGGUUUGAAUUGCAAUCACUCCGCUGCUGCGCUGGUGUGCUUCACCAGAGUCAAGCAGCUGCUCUUCGCUUCAGUUUGCAUGCCACGGACAUGUGGAACACUGGCUACAUCAGCCACGUGUCUUCUUACACGUACUGCCAUACAGUGAUCAGCCACGUUGGAUCAAGAUUCCUUUUGUAUUGCUGGCAAUACACUAGCUGUGCACUAGAUGGGGUUGGUGCUCGACUAAUAUAAGGAAUACAUUGGCAGAUCUGCCCUAUGUUACAUGUAUCCUAAUCCUCUUCGAUCACUGUGUGUAUAACUGAACCAUGUUAAGUUUCCUAUCUAUAUAUCUAUUUUACAAAUACAUAUAGAUGUUUUGGGGGUUUUUUUCUAAGUUUUGGCAGGUCAACUUUUUGAACCCCAAAACUAUUUUCAGAUUUCCUAAAAAAUGUAAUUAAGAAAUCGAGAGCGAAGGUGAUAGGACUAGAAGCGAUGAGCAGAUCCUAAACUCAGGUAAAAACACCCUUUCGAUCAUUUCGCCAUUUUUCGGAAUUUGAAAACAGUUUGUGUGAACUCUAUGGACUUCAGGAAGUUCCCUGCCAAAAUGCUAAUUGUACACGCAGUGACUGAAGGGGAUAUAAAAAGUACACACAACACACACGCUCUGAGUAAGAACCUAUAAGAACCACUCUGAAUGAUUGCUACCAGGUAAGAGGACUGGCCUUUUAAAACAAGAGAGGGAGGAUGAAUGUGAUCCUGCUUGCUCUGGGAGUUGAUUCUCACUGGAAGGCAGAUUGCUGUUUAACAAAGUUAAAUCACCUGGCAUUUUCUGUAGAUUUAGCUUGUGCUCUGCUCUGCAGUGCACACAUAAAUACUAAAAUGCAUUUGCAUACUGUACAGCUUAUUACUUUUCAAUAGGUUACAGUUUGCUGAUGCUAUUGUAAAAGCCCUAGUGAAUAUUGUCACCAAGGAAAUGUAUCUUCUAGUCUGCAUCAUCAUCAUCAUACACAAUAUAUGUGCAAGUGACAUAGGGUUAAAAACAAGCAUCAGCAAUGUGUUGCAAUAGUCAGUGUUAAAUCAAGGUGCAAAAGCAAGGAAUAUGAAACUGAAGAUCUCUCCUCCUCCCUGGAACCAGUGAAUUAUUUCACUCUUGCAUCAGCCCCUAAUGAAUCCCCUUGGAUCUCGCACUUGUUGCCUUGUAGCCACAAAGGCUAAGCGCCUCAUUAUUAUAUCUAUUUAUUUAUUGUUCUGUGGGCGCAGGGAUAUUAGUCCUUAUGAAAGCCACUGUUUCAUUUAAACACAGCUUCUUUAUAAGCCACACUAUUGAAAUGUUUUGGUUCAUGGAGGGCAGAGUUCUAUUUUGUUACCAAAAUAGGUUCAAAUAAGUUCAGUAUAAUAGCACAAGUGCUCUUGCAGAACACACAGUCACACAACACGCGUGUGCAUUGUAUGUUAGUGUGUCUGUGUGUGUGCGCUCAGCUUCUCUUUAGCGCUACAGUCUCAGCAUUCAUGAAAUAAACCUUGAUAACAUGCUGUACUGCUGCAGACUGCACAGUGUAACACAUGACCUUGAUAACAUGCUGUACUGCUGCAGACUGCACAGUGUAACACAUGACCUUGAUAACAUGCUCUACUGCUGCAGACUGCACAGUGUAACACAUGACCUUGAUAACAUGCUCUACUGCUGCAGACUGCACAGUGUAACACAUGACCUUGAUAACAUGGUGUACUGCUGCAGUCUGCACAGUGUAACACAUGCAUGU